GCUCGAUCUAUAUUUUUGUGAGAGUACGAUGAGCCAAGAUCUGGAUGGCCUAUCCUCAAAUUUCAGGAACACCAUCGAGCCAGACGAGCCAGACGAGAGCACUUUGUUGAAUGAUGCGACUGCAAGUUUCGGGACGGAAACAGAUACUGAGCACGAGGGGGAAUGGCCUCAACCCUCAAUCUUUGUCACCCUGCACCGGAUAAGAAAAUUUGUACUCGCAAGCAUAGAUGACCCUUACUCUUUGGAGCAGCUGAAGAGUCCAAGAGUCAACCACCUCAUUGUCCGUCCUUUGGUAGAUCGUCUAUAUGACGAGAACGACUACUCCAUUGUCUAUUGUCUCCUCGCAAACCGAGUACAGUUCCUUCGCGAACAAUCGAGCGUCAUUGACCAAAGCACCAGCAUAGCCCGUGCAACACUAUGCGAACUAUUAGCUAUCAAGAUCCUGCGCAACUUUCACGAUGACAACCCAGGUUUAGACGGUCUACUCCUACUCUCCAAGAUCCUGGUCCAAGGUUUUGACCCCUUUCAUGGUGCUCCGCCUGAAGUUGAACAAUACGGGCGCUAUCCACAAUGGCCUAUUCAGAAGCGCGGCGGCCAUGAGAGGAAGCUGACUGCACUCGAACUCGCGAUCAUAUCCGAGAGCAAGAACUUUGUCAGUUCUUCAGGGUGCAGACGUGUUAUAGAUGCAGUGUACCGUGGACAAAUCGUCUACACGCCUCUCUCGUUCGUUGAUAUUCUCCCCAACCAUUAUGAGUAUCUUCCAGUGUCUUUGUACGAACCGCGCAAGGCGCCGCUGCUUGACCAUCAUCGUCUCGUCGUUCCGCGCACCCGGUACAUAAUCGAACUGGUGCAUUACAUCAUUCUCACUUUUCUAUAUGUUUACACGAUGCAGUAUCGAGAUCCCGAAAACUUGACUGGCAAUGAGGUAGUCUUCAUUCUGUACUCUGCCGGCUGGGUUCUUCACGAACUCGCUGCCAUCAUUGAACACGGAUGGAUGAUUCAUUCGCAGACUUUGUGGUCAUUCUUGGACCUUUCGUACACCAUCAUCUUCAUGGCUUACGUCACAGUUCGGGCUUAUGAGCUAGCUGUAAGCAGCGUGCAGAAUGGCUUGGCACAUAAUAUAUUGUGUCUCGCAGCCCCGGUUCUUCUGACCAGACUGGCCUUCAACAUUCUACCAGACCAUAUUGUCUUCAUUUCGCUCCACGCCAUGAUGAAGGAGUUUCUGAUCCUCACAUUUCUCGCCAUAUGGUGUUUCACAGGGUUCCUGUUAGCGCUGCAGUGGCUUUCUCCGGGAGAUGGCUCGAUUCCAAACGACUUCACCAUCAUCAAAUGGCUGCUGUGGAUCUGGUUCGGACUGGAUGGAACAGGAAUUGAGGAAUCUGUUCAGUUUCACGCCAUUUUAGGACCGGCACUGACCAUUGCCUUUGCCUUUCUCGGCAAUACUCUGUUUCUUACGAUUCUCGUUUCACUCCUCACCAACCGGUUCAGUACCAUCGUCACAUCUGAGGAUGUCGAGAUCCAGUUUCGAAAGACAGUGCUGACGUUUGAGGGCGUUAAAAGCGAUGCCAUCUUCGCAUACCCGCCACCAUUCAACCUCUUUGCACUGCUGACACUUCUUCCUAUCAAACCAUUCCUGUCACCUCUAGAGUUCUACUCGAUUCACGUAUUUCUCGCACGACUUGUCAACGCACCUCUUUUGUUUUGCGUCGGCUUCUAUGAACGUCGACGCCUAUGGACUUUUGGACCUGACGCGGCCAAAGUUUCAAGAAUGUGGAAGUUCACGGGUUUCUCACCACAUGGUGAUAUACAGGCUGUGUUUGAAGUCGAUGCUCCGGCCGAGGUUCUCCGAGAAGCUGAUGAGCUGGAUGGACUGAGCGAGAUGGGCUUUUCCGAUGGCGAUGCGGUAUCAAGACUUUCCCGAGAAAGAGAAAUUAGAGCACCAGUUGUAUUUAGCCUGAGUAAUGCAGGGACAUGGUCCCCAGGACAAGCCCCCGUUGCUUGAUCCAACUAAAUAGAUGCCG